AUGUCAGACGAGCUAGCUUCCACACUUGCUUCCAUCCAGGAGUUCAUGGCCGGGGUCAGUAGACGGUUGGAUCAGAUAGAGAGUUCUCGCCAGGAUCCUCAUCCGGCUGGCAUGGUCACUGACGAGACGAUUCCUCAUGCAUCUCAGACGGCACAGACUCGUCCACCUGGGGUUUCACUUGUGCCACCUCCCAUGGUUCCUACUAUUGAGGAUACUCGAUUAGCCGAGCAGGAGGCCAGGGUUGAGAGGCUUGAGUCCAAGGUGAGACAGAUCAGAUUGCAGGACGGAGGUUUGACUUGGGAUGACAGAGAUGGCAUACCAGCGGCUAGCUUGCCCGCCAAGUUUCGCAUGCCAGACAUCGAGCGUUACAGUGGGAUUGGUUGUCCCAAGAUUCACUUGAGACUAUACAGCACAGUCAUGAGGGCACAUGGUAUAGAUGAUGCACAGUUGGUGGCCCUCUUCCCCAUGUCACUUAGUGGAGCAGCUCAGAGGUGGUUUGCUUCAGUUGAGCCUUCGAGACUUCGCACCUGGGAGGACGUGGCUCAUGAGUUCCUGACUCAGUUCGCUUUCAGUGCCGAUAUUGAUGUAUCCAGACGAGAGUUGGAGGCCACUAGGCAGAGGUCAGAUGAGUCUAUUUCUUCCUUUGUCACUCGUUGGAGGGCAAAGGUGGCUGGUAUGAUAGAUCGACCUAAGGAGCAGGAUCAGAUCGAUAUGGUUCUUCGGAACCUACAGCCGAGAUUCGCGAGACGUCUUGUGGGCAUCCCGUUUCAGGAUCUCAGGAGUUUGGUUCAGGCAGCUUUCAGUGGGAAGAAGCUGAUUGGGCCGUUUGGCAGAUCUGGAGAGGUUGGCACUAUUAGUUAUCAGCAUCGGAGGCCUACGCAUCACUCACUUUAUAGGCCACCUACAGUCAGAGCUCCUUUCUCUCUUCCACAGUAUCAGUAUCAGCUGGAUUAUGCUCAGGAGCCUUACAUUGCUCAGACUAGCAUGCAGCCGCGACCACCACAUCCGAGAGCCGCUACUCACCCACCACCUAGACCAUAUGCACAGAGGGUUGCGAGACAGUUCACUCCUUUGGGCAUGACAUUGACUAGAGCUUUUGAGAAGCUCAGAGACGCUGGGGUGAUUGUUCCUUUGGCGCCGAGGCCUUUGCCCCAUCCUAUUCCUCCUCAUUUCCGUUCACAUGAGCACUGCUUGUAUCAUCAGAUUCCGGGGCACGAUACUGAGCGUUGUUCAGCACUCCAUCAUGCGAUACAGGAUUUGAUCGAUUCAGGGGUGGUUGACUUGGCUAGGCCAAGUGUGACCACCAAUCCCCUGCCUACACAUUCUACACAUGCAGUUCCUCCUCCUCCUGGUCAUCAGUAG